CUAUUCUCCCCUCAGCCAUUUAUAUGCAAUCCCCAGCCAUCCAAAAUCUUUACCUUAGAAGUGCCUUCUGAAUAGUUCAGUUCAACAUGUUGUUGGAAACAAAAGUCGUCUCUAAUGGAAUCAAAUACUCGACUCUUCCAACUAGUUAUGUCCGGCCGGUGACGGAGCGGCCAAAACUGUUGGAGGUUACCGACUGUGAAAAAGUUCCGGUGAUAGAUCUUGGUUGUGAAGAUGAAAGCUUUAUAAUCCAACAAAUAGGAGACGCCUGUCGUGAUUAUGGCUUUUUUCAGCAGGUUAUAAAUCAUGGAGUAUCAGAAGAAAUAAUGGAGAAAAUGCUGAAUGUGGCUGAUGAAUUUUUCACUUUACCAUUGGAAGAAAAAAUGAAAUUAUAUUCCGAGGACCCUUUCAAGACUGUGAGAUUGUCCACAAGUUCUAAUGUGAUGAAGGAGACGGUCCAUAACUGGAGAGAUUAUCUUAGACUCCAUUGUUAUCCUUUGGAGAAAUAUGCAUCUGAAUGGCCUUCAAAUCCCUCAACUUUCAAGGAAAUUGUAGGCAAAUACUGUAUCAAAAUUCGAUUCCUUGGGCUGAGAUUGCAACAGGCCAUAUCAGAAAGUUUGGGCCUGGAAAAAGAUUGCAUAGAGAAGAUUUUGGGCGAGACAGGACAGCACAUGUCUAUUAACUACUAUCCACCAUGUCCAGAGCCCGAACUCACUUAUGGGCUUCCGGCCCAUGCAGACCCAAAUUCUUUCACUAUUCUUCUUCAGGACACCCAAGUUUCAGGCCUGCAAGUUCUCAAGGAUGGCAAAUGGCUUGCUGUCAAACCCCUCCCAAAUGCUCUUGUUAUCAACAUCGGUGAUCAAUUACAGGCAGUGAGUAAUGGGAAAUACAAAAGUGUUUGGCAUAGAGCUGUAGUAAAUGCUGAUAAACCAAGAAUUUCAGUAGCUUCAUUCCUAUGUCCAUCCAAUGAUGCUGUAAUUAAUGCACCAAAGGAACUCACCAUUAGUGGAUCUCCACCCAUUUAUAGAGACUACACAUAUGCAGAAUAUUACAAGAAAUACUGGGGCAGGAACCUGGAUCAAGAACACUGUUUGGAACUUUUCAAGAAUUAAAAAUUAAGGGUUUUCCCUUAAUGUUGAUUUCAUUUCAAGAAUUGUAUAUUUUAUGUGUGUUAAAUGUAUGAUUCCGUUGCUCGUUUGUGUAUUAAAACCAAUUUGAACUUUGUCGGAGACAAAUAAUUAAAUAAAUCAGGUUGUAUCAUUGUUUA